UGAGGUUGGUUUCCGUUGGAAUUUCGUGAAUUUCUUCGGAUUCCAUCCUUCAGCGCCUUCAUGAUGGGUGUGGUCCUUGUAGGAUUUCAAAAAUUUUUUCUUCGACUGUUGUUAGUCCACCCCGUCCCCAUGAACGUCUUUAUAGUCUGUUGGGCUAAAUUAUACGGCUCGUUCGAUUCCUGCCACACUUUUAAAAUUCGCCAUUUCUCUCCCCAUUUUUGUAAUGAAAAAUUUUCGCCGCCCGCUUCCAUUCAACAUUUUCCAUGCGAAUUUGCAUUGCAAAUAGUAAAAAACUGAUUUAUGGUACUUAUGCAAAAUCGCACGGGGAAUCCAAUGCAAUCAUCAGAUUUUCAUUAUCUCUGUCGGUUUCGAAGAAAACAGCCACUUACAGUUACAGUGGGCCCAGUAUGUACAUAACAUAAUAUGCAGCAUGCAAUAUGAACGAACUCUUUUCUUCUAUUCUCAGCUGCACAAGGGAAGAUCGCACUUUGGGAAAAGUGUAGUUUGUAAAACUGCUAAAGUAGUCAAUAAUAUUUAGUCAAUAGUUUAGACAGCAAGUCAUAAUAUGUAAUAGCUCGGUUCGUAGUAGUGGAACAUUUUACUGCAAAUUUUAUUCCCUUGCCUUGGUUUUAUGUUAAUCAUGGUUAAUGUAGAGAUAAAUACGUCAUACGUGAGUUUAGAAGAUUAUACAGUUGGUUAGGUUUUUUUUAGGGCUUCAAAGUUUAACAAUUUUCUAAAAUGCUAUAUUUUUGAUAAAAUGUCGAUUGAAAUUUACUAAAAAUAUAAGUAGAAAUUGAAUCAUUAACACCCAAGCAAAUUGAUCAUUAUAUUUGUAGUAAAUUUAUUGUAAGUGGAACAGGAAUUAAAUAUGCGUGUAACAAAACUUGCUCUAGAUUUUAAUAACUUGAGACAAUAGCAUAUUUAUCAUUCGGCUGAGAUAUCGAAUUGGGAAACGAACGAGGAACGACUAAAUUAUUCAAGAAAUAGACAUGUCAAUUCUUUGAGUCAAUAAUAGCAAGUGAAUAAUAUACGCACACCAACCAAGGACAGAAUUUUGGUCAAUAUAUUAUACUCCGCCAUUUAUUUAUUAUUUUGGUGCAAAAGUUACCAGUUUCGAGUAGAUAAUUAUUGCAACUCCGAUAAAGAUGAUGCACCCAAGUGAAGAAUCUCCAAUUACGGGUUCCGACUAUAAUCUCUCAUAUCGAAUGAUGGGGAAUGACGACAAGGGACGAAAUGCAAACGGAAACGUCGCCUUGAUUCCAUUUCUGAAGGAUUUGAUCGCGUCUGCCAAGGAGAAUCAUAGCAUAGAACUGCUCAUGUUCUUCCACAUGAUUGGAUACACGUGCACCACGGUUAUCGUACAAAAUUUAUAUAUUGACCGGAUAUGUCGAAUUGAGCAUAACUUUGACCCCGAGCUGUGUCAGAAUUUGACGAAAAAUCCAGAUCAGGAGAAAUUGGUGGAGCAGGAUGCUGCCGUUUACAAUAUGUAUAGGUCGAUAAUUGAGGCACUAGUUCCUGUAUUAUUUGCGUUGUUCUUGGGUCCUUUUGUAGAUCGGAAUGGGUCUAAGCUACCAAUUUUAUUUUGUCUGCUCGGUUACAUAAUUGCUUCCUUGAUGUACUGCUUCGUGAGUAUGGUCCCAUCCAUUCCUGCUGCAUACGUCUUGAUCUGCUCAAUACCAAUUAGUCUUACUGGAGGUUUGGUUGCAUUCCUUAUGUCAGCUUUUACGCUGAUAUCUAACCGUUCCACAGUAGCGAAUCGAAGUUUUAGAAUUGCAGUGCUCGAAGGUUGUUGGUUUCUUGGGACGCUAGGAUUUCUGGUUGCGUCCAAGAUCUAUAAGGACUAUGGAUUUGUCCCUGUAUUCCUCAUAUCCGCGUUGUGCUUCACGAUCGCACUGAUUUAUGGCUUCUACUUUAUUGAAGAGCUUCCUGGAAAGUCAAUCCACAAUACGAGACUUCGUCAAGUUUUCCUUGAAGUGUUUGAUCUUCGCUCGGUAGAGGAUACACUAUCCACUGUUACUCGAAAACGACAAGGACCGUUAAGAACGUGGGUGAUUCUCUUGAUGAUUACAAUAUUUCUCCGAAUGCUGGCGUUAUUUGGAACGAUGCAAGUUGCUUAUCUCUACACACGGAAUAAAUUUCAAUGGGACACUGAGGCAUUUUCUAAAUUCACCACGGCUGACACGGCAAUUUGUCUUUCGGGUGGAUUGAUUACGCUUCUCCUUAUGAAAACGCUACAAAUAAGGGACGCCAUAAUUGGGAUUUUUAGUGCUGUAGGAUUUGUAGUAUCAAACUUGUGUUUCGCCAGCGCCCAAGUUGGAACUGCGAUGUAUUUUGGUGCUGUACUGCAAAUGUUUAGUGGUCUCAUAACAAUCGUGAUGCGAUCCAUGGUGUCAAAGUGUGUUGCGAAAGAUGAACUUGCGAAAGCAUUUUCGUUCGUCUCAAUCGGGGAGGCAUGCAUGCCAAUCAUUGCAGGUUUACUGUUCAAUCCGCUCUACAGCAGUACCGUACAUUCCUGGCCUGGAGCUGUGUUUGGUUUAUCGGCGUUCCUGCAUGCAAUCAUUUUGCUCAGUUUUAUAUAUUUCUUCUUUGCUACACGGAAAUUUCCAUUCACUUCAUUAUCAGGGGAGGACCAGUAGUUAAAUAAUUUAUAAAUCUGAAAUUUAUGGGAAAUCUCAAAAGAAACUCCAAAUUAAUAUAUAUUCUCAACAACUCGACUCAAAAUGAAUCUUUGAACUCUAAAGUACGAAUUGGGUGGCCAAAUUAUCACAAUAAUUUCAAUAUCCUCUAAAUUCUAGUUUUUAUGGGUAAAUUAGAUUAACCAUUUCCGCAUCAUGUUGUUGUGACCGUAAAUGCAAUAAUUUAUUACAAGUGUCAAAAACCACAAUAAUAAUGUCAACUGAAGUUCAUGUAGUUAGCAUAUGUAACUGUUUAAAUAUAUUUAGUUAGUAAGAAUAAUCUAUAUUGUACGAAGUCUCUGUGAUUGUUUUGACGAUACAUAUUUAAAGUCUGACUUAAUACAUUUUGCUCUCCUAAAAAUUCGGAGUAUAGAUAGAGAAACUUUAGGUAUUAUUGUCAAAGUAAAUAAGUUGCAGAUCUAAAAAAAAUCGAGAUACUCUCAUUUGUAUGAGUUAAACAAAAUAUGAAACAAUUCCUGCUACUUUGCAAAAUAAAAAUGAUUGCUACAAAUAAA